ACUUUGUUGUAGUCUCAAAGACUUUCAUAUGUUUGCACUACAUUAUCUGCUCAUUUAAAUAUUUUCUUCUUCUUUCUUUUUUUUUUGGCACAGUAGUUUGACACUAAAGCACCUGCUUUAACCUAGAGACAGGACAGCGAGGGCUUGUGUGUAGUUCCACCAUCUCGCCGCUGAGUGUCGCUGUGGCGCACGUUGAACCCAUUGAACACGCCGUGUGACGCUCUUGGUAACCGACGUUUGUUGUCAAGCGUUGCCAAGGAAGUCACUUACUUUUAUGAACCUUUCUGAAGCCACGGAAGGUGUUAUGUCACUGACAGAGCUUCAUCCACCUGGACACAGCUGGUCCCAGACAUGAGGAGAGGAUGACUGAGUUCAUGGAGGAGUAUGGAGGCGACUGUCCCCUCAGCAAACCACACAAUAACUCCACAGGAGACACCAACCAUGAGCCCAAACUUGCCUCCAGAACCACGGGGGGAGAGAUCAGUCCGUACCAGCCUCGUCCCCCCUCCAUACCCAGGCUGUCAAAGUCCACCAAAAGCGUCUCGCUGGAGGACGCCAUGAGAAACCGGCGUCUGAGGAACAGCCAAGGGAGUCUGAGUGACCCGACUGAGACCGGCUCCUCCACAGACUCUCUUAAAGAGGACCAAGAGGUUUUAGCUCCGGGCAGGUUUGCUGUCGGCGCUGAGGAGCAGGCCUCCAACGCCAGACCACGUUCUGCCGUCACGACGGGAUCCCCCGUCUUCCGGGACAGGGGGGGCAGCCUCUCCGAGCACGAGAGGAGGCCACGCAGCCAGCCCAUCGACCACGCGGACCACCCGGGGAGGUCGGCCAAGGUGCGCCUGUCCCCGGUGCAGCCCACGGGGCCGCUGCCGGCUCUGGAGAGGAGCUUCGCGUCGGCCACUUUAAGGGCGGCUAAUAGGAUUGACGGGGAUUGCUUGGAUUUAGCCAUGCUGACCAGAGAGAAGCUCGGAGAGAGGCUCCACAGGAACCUGAGCGACAGCCGGCUUCUGGAGAACAUGGGGUCGGACAGCGCCUCCGUUACGUCCAUCAGGUCUGGCUACAGCGUCCUGAACCCCAUCAGACCCCAGGACGUGAGGAACAGGAGCUUCCUGGAGGGCAGCGUGCUGGGAAGCAGCGCCCUGCUCGGAGCGGAGGAACUCGACCGACACUUCCCCGACAGGAGAGUGGGCGUUUACGUCGCCACCUGGAACAUGCAGGGAGAAAAGGGCCUUCCGACAAACCUCGACGACCUCCUCCUACCAACAGACUCGGAACUUGCACAGGAAUUUUACAUUAUCGGGGUGCAGGAGGGCUGCCCCGACCGGAGGGAGUGGGAAACCCGCCUUCAGGAGACUCUGGGACCUUAUUACGUCACGCUCUACGCAGCAUCACACGGUGUUUUGUAUCUCACUGUAUUUGUCAGAAGGGACCUCAUCUGGUUCUGUUCAGACGUGGAACACGCCACCGUCACAACCAGGAUCAUCUCUCAGAUCAAGACCAAAGGGGCCGUGGGACUCGCCUUCAUCUUUUUUGGAACUUCCUUCCUCUUCAUCACCUCCCACUUCACAUCCGGAGACGCCAAAGUUUACGAGCGAGUCCUCGACUACAACAAGAUCAUCGAGGCUCUGGCUCUUCCCAAAAGCCUCCCAGACACCAACCCGUACCGCUCCACCCCAUCGGACGUCACCACGAGGUUCGAUCAGGUCUUCUGGUUCGGAGACUUUAACUUCCGGCUGAGUAAAGAGCGCUCGGACGUGGAGACCCUCAUGAACCACACGGCGGGAGGAGACAUGGGCUCUCUGCUGGAGCACGACCAGCUCUCCAAGGAGAUGAAAGACGGUUCGAUCUUUAAAGGAUUCCAGGAGGCACAGAUACACUUCUUACCCACGUACAAGUUUGACAUCGGCUCCGACAUCUACGACACCACCUCCAAACAGAGGACGCCUUCGUACACAGACAGGAUCCUGUACAGGACCAGGCAGGCCGACGACAUACGAGUGGUCAAAUACACCAGCUGCUCCAACAUCAAGACCUCAGACCACCGGCCCGUCAUCGGAGUCUUCCAGGUCAAACUCAGACCGGGAAGAGACAAUAUCCCUCUGGGCGCAGGACAGUUUGACAGAAGUCUGUACCUGGAGGGAAUCAGGAGGAGAAUCACCCGAGACCUGAAGAGGAGGGAGGCCAUGAAGAACCACAGCAGCAGCGCCAUCUGCGCCAUCUCUUAAAAAAAAAAACUUUUUUUUUUUUUUUAGGAGGACUCUCCGGACGAGGCUCGACGGAGUCGCCGUCCAGACACAGGCAGGUAACGGGAAAAGGUUGCGUUACCUGCGUAACAGAGCUGUGCGGCGGCCGUUCUCGAGGGCGGGAACCUCGAGAAUAAGGGGGGGGACACGGCAGCUGUUCCGGCCUUUAUUUAUUCCGCCAUCGUGGCUUUUACGGCUCAGUCACAUGACCCAUCAUGGACCAGUUAAACCUUUACAGUAACUGCAGCUACUGCUCCUCAUCUUCUUCUAGGUGUGUUCGAAUGACGUUAUGCCGUCGAUUAAUCUACUAAACGUAACUUGAAAAAGAAAAGUGUCGGCGGGAUCUGGAACGAGGUCACAACUCGGUAGAAGCUACUGAUGAAUUUCAGGGAGAUCAAUGUGUACAGAGAAGUAUUUGCACUGCUCGGAAUUUUUUGACGUUUCUGCAUGAAAAUAAGUCCUGAGACUAAAAAGAGACUCGGGUUUGGUUCAGUUCCUGGUUUAGUUUCUAUAAAUCAGGGAUUUGUCACAACAUGUUUGUGUUGAAGUAUAUGAUGACGUUUUUCACCUCACAGAUCUGAACACAAAGAUUUAUUCUCUUGAAUAAACUAAAUUCUAAAAGUAUAAUCCAGUAUAAUUCCGGGACAUUUUCAUGCAGAAAUUGUUGAUGUUAUUUCUUCAAGGAACUCACUUCUGUUACAAAGAUGGGAGCGUUUUAUUUAUACUGUAAACUUCUAAUUCUCUUAUUAGGCAAAAAGUGAUCCUUGCAACAGCUCUAUGCCUUAUACCUCUUAUCUCACUGCUGCGUAACCUCACACAUAUAUACAUAUAUAUAUAUAUAAUCUGUCCAUGUACUGUAUGUAGCACAUUAAUGACCUUUGCAUUCCCAGCAUGAAGAGCAGUCUGCUCGUAAAAAGUGCCUGUGGGUCUUAUUUUUGUAUCGUCAGGACCUCUGAUCUGUAUCUGCAUCUUUUUACGUAACAUCCCAACAUAAUAAACCAUUUAAAAACA